GAUUGGAGUUGCCCUGUUUCUUUCUGUAAUAACCCUAAAAUGGGAAGAUCAAAUGGUCACGACAAGGUCGAACUCAAAAAAGGACCAUGGACUCGAGACGAAGACCAGAAGCUACUGGCUUAUAUUCAAGAACAUGGCCAUGGUAGCUGGCGCGCCUUGCCUGCCAAAGCUGGUCUCCAAAGGUGCGGGAAAAGCUGCAGACUGAGAUGGACGAAUUAUCUAAGACCUGAUAUUAAGAGAGGAAAGUUCAGCUCCCAAGAGGAGAAGGCCAUUAUUAGACUCCAUGCACUUCUAGGAAACAGUGUUAGGUGGUCAGCAAUAGCAACUUAUUUACCAAAGAGAACCGACAACGAGAUCAAGAACUACUGGAACACCCGCCUCAAGAAACGGUUGAUCCGAAUGGGAAUCGACCCGGUUACCCACAAACCCAAAAACAAUCCCAGCGGGUCAGCUCACUCCAGACAAGCCGCCGUCGUCAGCCACAUGGCUCAAUGGGAAACUGCUCGGCUUGAAGCCGAAGCCAGGCUCGUUCGUGAGUCGAAACGUAUGUCCAAGCUUCAGCUCCUACAGAAAAUCACCGCUCCACCUCCGCCGCCUCUGCCGCCGCAGCCGGCACUGCCAAGAUGUUUAGACGUACUCAAGGUCUGGCAAGCGACCACCAAUCACAACGGCUUCUUCGGCUCACCUGGAUGCCUUGAGUCGCCGACCUCUACACUAAACUUCUCCGUUAACAGUUCUACGGUUCCUACAGUUGGAGCUCGUGGGAGCUGUUCACUCGUGGAAAACGACGUCAUAUCAAUGAUUAACUCCGGUGUAUGUGGGGUGGGACUAGAAAACAGCUAUACCGAAGUGAAGGGUAACAUGGAGAAUUCAGUGCAGCUGCUUCAUGACAACAAUGCUGCGUACACUAUGGAAUAUGAUUAUAAUGUGAUGGGCUCAAUGGACCUUGCAUCCAUCAACGGUGAUGACUACGACAACACAACGACAAGUGGUUAUGAUGAAGAGUUCGAGGACAAUAAGAAUUACUGGAACGAUUUAUUUCAUUUGGUGAGUUCAUCCAUGGAAUCUCCAGUGUUUUAGAGCAAGUGUUAGAAUCUCCAGUGGUAGAAUCUAAGGAAAUCACAGUGUAGUAGAACUUACAUUUAUGAUGGGUCUGAUUUUGAAUCAAUCAUAUAAUA